UAACAAGCCGAACAAACGUUUCUCACUCGCUUCUAGCAUAAGACAAAUCUUAAGAGAUAUUACCAAAAACAAAAUCUUAUAAAACUAAGUUUAGGAGACAACGAGUGAAAACUAAGAGCUGGCAUUAAACAUUUACUCAAGAUCAAAAACCUUCUGCAAAAGAGAAAGAUGCCAAGAGAACCAUGGCAUAAACCAUGAGUUACUUACUUCUCAAGGUAGUUUAGUGUAAAUUGAUAUCUUUGAGCAACCUUUGAAGAAGCACAGGUAAAAAACAACAACAUCACUUACCUUGGGCUGAACGUGGGAAACUCUCUUUCUUGUGUGUGUGUGUAUGGGUGUGUUUGUUUUACGGCUGUCAUGCUCUCCCUCGCUCAGUGCUUGUGUUGGCAGCAUUGACUGCCAUAUGUUUGGUUUGCCUUAAGGAUAUUAAGAGCAUUUUUUGUUGUUGGUGUUUGUUGAUGGCUUUUGCCUUCGUUCAGUUGUAACUUAAUGUGUGUGCGCAUACGUUUAAGGAUCAGUAUCCUUCAGGAGUUCACUUCGAACGCAUUGCGCGAAGUCUUCGGAUUUUUUCAUAUAACUAAAAAAGAAAAAAUCGAAGCAAAUAAAGAGCAGACAAUAACAAUAAUUUCUUCAAAAAAAGAUAACAUUAACAAAUAGUGCAAUUAACAAAACUAAAACUUUAAAAAAACCAAAGUUAUAAAACAAACCAAGAAGUUGUGUUUAAAGCCAAAUAAGCAAUUGGAUUUAAUAUUUAUGGAUUUAUUUAAGUGCUAAAUUUGUGUACAUCCCCCUCCACUUGGAUUAUAUACAUUUUAUUUGCCCCACAAAACAAUUGGAUUAUAUUUUUUUACACCAAACCCAAAACUUCAACAAUUCUUACACCAUGGAUUACAAAAACGAUAUACAUUCCGAUGAUGAUUUUGAUAGUUAUAGCGAUAACUAUCAACAAUCGAAUUCUUCAUCGCAAAAUCAAUUCAAUACCUCUACAGGACGUUUGGCAAACCCCAAUGGUUUAUCCAAGGCAGAAUUGAGAAAGACCAAUAAACCUAUUAUGGAAAAAAGAAGACGUGCUCGCAUUAAUCAUUGCUUAAACGAAUUGAAAUCACUGAUUCUGGAGGCAAUGAAAAAAGACCCAGCACGCCAUACAAAACUGGAGAAGGCCGACAUCCUUGAGAUGACCGUUAAGCAUUUGCAAUCGGUGCAGCGUCAACAACUCAAUAUGGCUUUGCAAACUGAUCCCACCGUUAUUCAUAAAUUCAAAACUGGUUUCUCGGAGUGUGCCGAAGAAGUCAAUCGCUACAUUAGCCAACUGGAUGGUGUUGAUGAUGCUGUACGCCAAAGACUUAACAGUCAUUUAAGAUCAUGUGCCACUGGUCUGGAUCAAAUUGGCUCCAUGACCAAUUUCAAUAAUGGCUAUCAACGCAAUGGUGGUCCGGCCAAUCUUUUUGCCUCCAAUAGUUUGCCUUUGGCCGUUAACGGCAAUGGCCCUUUGUUUCCAACCUUGACCCAGGAUUUAAAUAGCGCUGCAGGCAUACAAAUGGGUGGAGUGCAAUUGAUACCAUCGCGUUUGCCCUCUGGAGAGUUUGCUUUAAUUAUGCCCAACACUGCUAGUGCUACACAAACCAGUUCUUUGUUGAACGGCAAUUCGAAUAGUGGCUUUCCAGCGUGGCCUACUCAAGCAGCUGGCAAUACCAACCACAAUUCAUCGCCUCAAAUCAAUGAUUUUGCGGCCAACUUUAAGCGUCUCAGUGCUUUCUCUAAGCCUCAGAAUACCCUGAUUACCCCACCCAAAGUGAAUCCCAGCAAUAUGUAUCCUCAAACUACUCUGACCAACACUAGCUAUCAGCCUUUGAGCCAACAGCAGCAGCAGGCCUUCCACAAUGCCACCAGCCCUCCACUAAGUCCCAUUUCCUCGGUGUCUAGUCAUAAUGAAGAUUCCAUCAUACACAAUAGUUCUGAUUUCACCCUAUCGCGUUCGGCCUCACCGCGUCCCGAUAAGCAUCACAAUACCUUCUUGGGCGUUUUGACCACCACACCGCCUUCAUCAGCGGAAAAUUCUUUUGUUCUUACCUCUGGCAAUUUGCAACAGCAACAGGUAUCCUCAACCAGCAGCUCCGAUCUGAAUAGCAGCUCUAGCUCUUCUCUGAAGCGUUCCUUCUCAGAAGCUGCUGAUUCUAGCAUUUGUUCGGAGGACGAACAAUCAGCUAAGAAAUAUCACAAAGAGCCAGCAGCACAGGUGGAAGCCGAAGAUCAGGACAGCAUGUGGCGACCAUGGUGAAAAGUGGUUAAGUUUAAACAAAAUCUAUUGUUAACAACUUAUUAAGUUUUCUUUUUUUCCAAAACAAAAAAAAACUUUAAAAUUUUUAUAAAACCUUGGAAAGAAAUUGAUUAAUUUUG